AUGCAGGAACUACAAGAGCGCUCACCAUCAGAUUUUCUCGGGGAAGCUAUUGGGAGGAGAGUUCUUGUAAAGUUGAACUCGGGUGUUGAAUAUCGAGGCAUACUAUCGUGUCUCGAUGGGUAUAUGAACAUUGCGCUUGAGCAGACAGAAGAAUGGGUCAAUGGUCAACUUAAGAAUAAGUACGGAGAUGCCUUUAUUCGUGGCAAUAAUGGUAACUAUUCCAAUGAAAGUACUGUUUAUGAGCUUGUAUGA